GUGAGUCUGUACAUUAAGAGGAGCGAUGCCAUCAUAUUAAUCCUACACCAGGGACAAUAUAGACACGUCAACGGAGGUUAAGCUGAUACUUUAUAGGCGUCACCCGUUUUGGCUCGAGGUGUUAGGGUCUACUGAGAAGACGAUUUCAGACUUUUUCGAAGAAGAGAACGAUUAUAAAACCUUUCCAAUUUUCCACGAUAGCUCCACAUCACCGACUAUAGCAUCCUUCAGGAUAUCCUACUCUGACGACAUCCGCGUAGUCUCGGUUAAAACCAUGAUGAAAGAUCUUCGAGAGGUCGAUUUUGUCGCCGACAUCGCCUGGUGUUUCUUGUCAAAGGGAAUCGACAUAUUGAGGAAGAACAAGGAGUCGAACAAAGUCGUCGUCGAUCUCUAUAAAGCCAUGUUUUCUGCGUAUGUUUCAGCGAGCCGUGCGGAAGAGAAAGAGAAUGCCGAAGUCAUACGUUCUUGUCGUCAAGCCCUCAUCAGGCAAACAAUUGAAUGCACCCUUUUCAUCGAGGGCUACGCGAGGAAAAUUACUGUGGAGCAUCCCUUGAGUGCUCAGCUUUUGGACAAGGCAGUGAAAUUUCGAGAAGGAUUCAUGGCCAUGGAUAAUCUGUUCCAAUCUACCAUUACAAAGGAAGUUGAGGUCGUCACCCUGGGCGUGCAAGUGCCGAUUAACCGACUAGUCAUGCGGGGGCAGCUUGAUCAUCUUCGAGUAUUCCCUCAGCUCGGUCCCAAGUCGACAUGCUUGCGAGGGACGCGUGGGCAGACCAUCAAUGCUCUCAUGUCUUGGAUUGCAGAGUGCAGCGGCGGCGUCUUAUGGGUUAAUGGCGUAUCUGGGUCAGGAAAGAGUUCGCUGAUGGGUACCUUGCGUGAGCUUGCUAUUAAUGCGAGCGGGCGGAAGCGCCUUGGUGCCUUCAUUCGCUACGAUCGCAUGGAAUCUCCAGACUCGUCGAAACUGAUUACCACCAUUGCUUACUUACUUGGCAUGUCUGAUAACCGCAUCGGUAUGGCCAUUUCGCUAGUUGCCCACGGCAGCCCAUCCCUCGCGUCUUCCGAGAAGGAGCGGUUCGAACUGCUGAUCGAGCAGCCGUUGCGGAGUGUACCGGUCUUGGCUGAUGAAGGGCCACUGGUUGUUAUCAUCGAUGGAUUGGAUGAAUGUAACCCGUCAGACGAACUGCUCGCUGUUCUCGCAAAUGGAUUUGGAUCAAGACUUCCUUUCAUGCGAAUGGUCAUUGCGAGCCGUCCUCUAGAAAGCAUAGUCUGGGCAUUUUCCCACUCCGGUAUAACACCGAUCACAUUGGACACGUCGUCGGAGGCGACUCGUCGUGACAUUCGAUAUUACAUCGAUCAUCAGCUCUCUUCCAUAUUCGCUGAUCAGGAAGCGCGCCAUGCACCGGAUACCUUGCAGAGGAUGUGCGAAGCGCUGAUUGCAGUUGAAGGGCUUAGUAAACGGGCAAACGGCUCUUUCGUCUGGGCAGUAACUGCGUGCAGAUUCAUACGCGAAUUUCCAACUAUAACUAGACUUCAAACGCUCCUGGGUCUGGAAAUCCUCACCGAUUGUACAGAUUCCAUCGCGAAUCUCUACAAAGCUAUACUGUCUUUGAUUGUGGCAGAAGCUGAUGAAGACAAGGACGUCAUCAGGCGCUGUAUCUGCACAGUGUUAGGCGCCAUCAUGAUUCCGAGAAGAUCUGAAGGGAUGACUGCUGAAAUUCUUGACGAUCUCGUACUUGUGCCCGGUGACCCGCCAGCAUACCUUAUCCUGGCGGAUCUGGGUGCUGUCGUUCAAGUGUCGUUGGAUGGCUUUGCCAGGUUUUUCGAUAUGUCUUUUUAUGACUUCCUACGGGACCGGGACCGAUGUGGUGAAGAAUGGUAUAUCGACGUGGAGGAGCGGAAAAAGGUCUUUGAUGAACGUUUGUCCUGUUAUUAGGGUUAACUACCACAUGAAGCAUAUACUCCUGCUCUUUGGUGCGUGCAUGUGACCAAUAAACCUGUUCCAUCUCUCUGAUGUCGCCGGUAUUGUGCGUUCAUUGGAUAAAGGAGUUUUUUGAAUGCGGUUAGUUAGUAGUUACUCUCGUUGAUUCUUGUUGCGCAGACAGUUGAUAUAUCUAUUGGGCCAGAAAUGGCAUAGACGCUUAGGUCAAGGUAGCUGCGAUAGGACAAUAAACGAAGACCUCUCGGUCACCGGUCAUAUCAAAGAUCUUAUGAU